UUCGAGGGCAUCGACAUGGCGUGGCCUUACUUCCUAGACUGUGACCGAUUCUUCGCCGGCGAACAGGAAGGCUGUCACGACCCGUUGGCCCCGUUAAGAGGUAGCCCUCCCGGAAUUGAAGUGGUUUUCUCCAACCUGUCUCCAGACGAACCCUCCACCAUCAUUCAGUUCACGUACCACUCCAACGCCCAGAUGUACAGCGUUCUGAAGAGGACUGCGGCCAAGUGCUCUCACAUCUCCCGCACCUACAGUAUCGGACGCAGCACAGAGGGGAAAGACCUCCUGGCCAUAGAGUUCACAGACAACCCCGGAGGCCAUGAACUGUUGGAACCGGAGAUCAAGCUGGUUGGCAACAUGCAUGGCAACGAGGUCCUGGGUCGUCAGUUGCUGCUCUACCUGGCCCAGUACCUGUGUUCCGAGUAUCUCCUUGGCAACCAGCGUAUCCAGACGCUCGUGAACACCACGCGCAUCCACAUCCUGGCAUCCAUGAACCCCGACGGUUAUGAGCUGGCGGCCGCCGAGGGUCACGAGCUCAACGGUUGGACGGUGGGUCGCACCAACGCUCAGAACCUAGACUUGAACCGGAACUUUCCUGACCUUACGUCUAUCCUCUACCGGAAUCGCAGGAUCAAACGCUUCCGCACAGACCACAUCCCCAUCCCAGACUCUUACUGGUUUGGUAAGGUAGCUUCAGAGACCUAUGCAGUGAUGAAGUGGAUCAGGUCUGUGCCGUUUGUCCAGUCUGCGAGCCUCCAUGGCGGAGAGCUGGUGAUCUCUUAUCCCUUUGAUUUCUCUAGACACCUCCAUGAAGAGAGGAUGUUCUCCCCUACACCUGAUGAACAGGCAUUUAAGCAGCUGGCACGGACAUACGCAGACUCUCACGCCAGCAUGGCCGACAACAACACAGAGAGGUGUGGAGCGUCCUUCAUCCGAAGUGGAGGCAUCAUCAACGGAGCUCUGUGGUACAGCUUCCCAGGGGGCAUGUCAGACUUUAACUACCUCCACACGAACUGUCUGGAGAUUACGGUGGAGCUGGGCUGUGACAAGUUCCCUUCUGAAGAGGAGCUCUACCCAGAGUGGCUCAGGAACAAGGAGGCCCUGCUCAGUUUCAUGGAGUCGGUCCACAGAGGUAUUAAGGGAGUGGUGAAGGAUGAAGAGGGCUAUGGAAUAAAGGGAGCGUCCGUAUCUGUCAGGGGAAUAAGGAAAGAUGUCACCACAGCGGAGGAAGGUGAUUACUGGAGGUUAAUGAACUCAGGAACACACAUCAUAACAGCAUCAGCUAAAGGCUACUCCAAAGUCAGCAAGAGGAUUUACCUGCCUGCUCACAUGGAGAAAGCUGGGCGGGUCAACUUCGUGCUCAAAAAGGUCCCUGUUCAGCCAGUAGGACCAGACUACCACCUGUUCCUCAGAUCCUCCCUGGACACUUAUGACCGCUUCGACCCUUACAACCACUUCCAGAGCUACGGCCGCUCCGAGCCGGGAGAACCGAGGGAACCCAGGGAACCCAGGGAACCGGGUAUGGGAGGAGAACCGGGGAUGGGAGGAGAGUGGCAGGAGAAGGAGAAGCCUUGGUGGUGGAACUACUUUACUCAGGCAGGAGUCUCUGCUCCCACCUGGCUGCUACGGAACUAGAAGA